CAAGCUUGCGGGAUAAUAUGACAGUGAUGCCCAAGGAUGAAUUGUCAUGGUUAUGUGCUUGAUCUGCACAGCCAGUGCUGAAGCUGUGAAACGAAAGCAACGAAGACGCACCAAUAGAAGACUUGAACAACGACCUCCUGACUUGUAUCUUCAUCAAACGAAACGCACACUCCAUAGUAGCUUUUGUCUUUCUGUGUAUGAGUCGAGUAGCAUCUGGAUUCUGAUGAAACCCGAAACCAAAACCGUGGGGCAUCCAGCUCCUGCGAAGCACAAGAAUUCAGCAACAACGCCUUACCGAAAGAUCACAGUAGAUACCAGCAUCGAACACAUCCUACACUUGCCCGGUGGACAGCGCGUCGUCACCUAUUCCUUGGAUGGGUCGUUUCAAAUCUGGGACUUGAAUGGGGGCACGCAGGUCGGGGAGGAAUGGAAGAACAAAGAAAUAGGAGUGCAUCAUCAGCGAACGUAUGAGUCCUUGAAAUUGUACCCGUCGCAGCUGUAGGAUGAUGUAAUUCUGCUCCUACCGAAUAUGACUAUGUAUACCACGAGAAAUUUGACUUGAUCAUACUUAG